GGUGGAGUUCCAAUGCUUGUGCACGUUUUUAUUCCUGUUCAGGUAAAACACAGGACCUAAUGGCCAAGGACAAAUCUUCGAAGUCACAUUUAAAUGUUCCACCUAAGAAGAAGCUGAAGUCACAAGAAGCUCAGAUUCCAGUCGAAGAAACAACAGACCAUAAAGUGAGGAAGAAGAGGAAAAAGAUAGACAUAGAGGAGGCACCAGUGCAGAUUCCACCUGUAAAUACUGCAGAAGAUGACACAAAACAGAAAAAUGGAAAGAAGCGCAGGAAAAAGCAGAAGACUGAGGAGACACAGGAAGCAGAAGUAGAGAUUUCAGAUCCGCCCAGCGCUCCUCAGGAGCCUGAUGAGGCAGAGGAAGAGGACCUGAGCCCCGAGGAGAGGCGGGUCCUGGAGAGGAAGAUGAAGAAGAUUCUGAAGAAGGAGGAGAAGAAGAGGCUUAAAGAAGCAGGAGAAACGCCUCAGAGGACCGAAGGAACCAGUGCAUCCCAGCAGGCCUUGGAUUACCUGACAUGUUGGGCUGAUAACCGUUCGGCGUGGAGAUUUCAGAAGACCCGGCAGACCUGGCUACUGCAGCACAUGUUCGACUGUGAAAAGGUUCCAGAUGAGAAGUUCUCCAUCCUGCUGCAGUAUCUGGAGGGGCUUCGUGGAGGAGCGAAAGACACCACCGUGCAGAAGGGGUUGAAGCUGGUGGAGGAGUCGGGACAGGCGCCAGAGGACACAGCCGUCCAGCAGAGGGCGCACAGAGCCAGAGAAGUGAUCCAGCUCUUCUCCUGACCCUCAACUCCUCCAGCCUGGACUCAAAGUUUUAUGGGAAACUCACAUGUUAAAUAAACUGUGCAGGUUGAUAUUUUUCAUAUCGGUGCCUGGUAAGUAGGCAGAUAGGUCAUCUAAUAAAGGUGAGCAAUCAUCCAGGGUCAGUCUCUCUUCAAAGUCAAACUGCUUUUUACAACUUUCCCCCAUUCCACCACACUGAAAUGUGCAGCAGUCCAGUUUUAAUGUUACACAUACUGAUAUUUUAAGGCAAAUGUGGUUCCUCAAGGUGAAACGGGAAGCCAGGAGACCUCUGGAGGUAAGUCUCAGGAAUGUUUGUAGUCGAGACAUGUUUGUGCGUGUCGAGGCCCAGAGUGAGAGCAGUCCCUGAAGUGAAGACCUUUUCCCAUCCACUCCCGCUGUAAUCCAGAGGAGCAUGUUUUGUUUUGACAAAAACACAAUGUAAACGACCCGUUCAUG